AUGCCUCAGCCUGGUCUCAAGCCAUGCCGUAAAAUCUUCUUCGGGAAUGACUCUAUUCGGCCUUGCGAACAAAUCCGGUGGAUGACCUCCAGCAAAAGGGUUCAAGACCGAAGCAAGAACAAACGCGUGCACGACCUAGAAAUCGUGACCGAAAAACACAAGAUGGUUAUGAAGAUCCUACACUUGUUCGAGAUUCUCAAAUCCGAGCCUGAAAACAUUAUCCCCUUGAGAAAUCUCGACCAACACCGCAGGCAAAUCAACCUCCCCAAGCCCCACAAGAUCUCGGAUUUCCUCCGGAAGUCUCCCAAGCUUUUCGAACUGUAUAAAGACACGAGGGGCGUGGUUUGGUGUGGCAUGACCGAAAAAGCAGAGGACUUGGUGAAGGAGGAGGAAGAACUAAUCGAGAAAAAUGGUGAAAAGGCUGCUGAAUACGUGACUCGGAUGUUAAUGAUGUCAGCAGAUAAGCGGCUUGCGCUCGAUAAGAUUGCGCAUUUUAGGCGGGAUUUUGGGCUGCCGAUAGAUUUUAGAAAAUAUUGGGUUCAUAACUAUCCGGAAAACUUUAGGGUCGUGCAGCCGUUUAAGCCUCAUGACGAUAGUGAGUAUUUGGAGCUUGUCACGUGGAGGCCUGAUUGGGCCGUGACAGAAUUGGAAAGGACGGUUUUACCCAUCAAGGAAGGGUUGAGUUUCGAUGAACAUGAACCCGGAUGGCUUUCAUUGGCUUUCCCGUUGAAAUUCCCCUCAAGUUACAAGAAAAUGUAUAGAUACAGCGGGAAAAUCGAGCAUUUUCAAAAAAGGCAGUAUUUAUCCCCAUAUGCCGAUGCGAGUGGCUUGCAAGCCGGGUCCCUCGAGUUUGAUAAACGGGCUGUGGCCGUGAUGCACGAGCUGCUGAGCUUUACUCUCGAGAAAAGAUUAGUGACUGAUUAUUUGACGCAUUUUAGACGUGAGUUUACCAUGCCACAGAAGCUGAUGAGGCUUCUGCUGAAGCACCUCGGGAUUUUCUAUGUCUCUGAAAGGGGAAAGAGAUUUAGCGUGUUCUUGAACGAGGCUUAUGAUGGUUCGGAGUUGAUUAAGAAGGAUCCGUUGGUCGUUUGGAGGGAGAAGGUUCUGAGAUUUGUUGGUCACAGGGGAAAGAAUAAGAAGAAAAUUGGGUCUUUUGAGGAUUUUGCAGACGAGGAGAAUAAUGAGGCUCUGCUCGGAAGUGAUUGUGAAGAAGAAGACCAGUUGCAGAUCGAACCCUUGGAGAAUGACAGGUUGAGUUGUUUAGAGGAUGAUGAUUCUGAAAUGGAAAUUGAAGAAGUUUGCAGGGCUUACAAUGACUGA